AUGAACCUCGCCGAGAAUGCUGUUGCCAUGACCGCCGGCACGCACGACGGAUGGGAACCGCAUUGCUACGAGGGGCUGGAAAUGUGUAUCGAUGAAAUCAUUGCUCGCGGGGUGAAGGUGGUGGUUGAUGGGGGAGCGUUGAAUCCCAAGGGUAUGGCGGAGAAGGUUUGGCGUGAGUUGGUUGUUGGGAGGGGCCAUGGGGGCGAAGGUGGGUACAGGGUCGGGUGGGUUGAGGGGGACGAUCUGGUGGAGGUCGUCCGAGAGGGAGUCGCUAAAGGCCAGGUCGUGGGCCACCUCGACGAAAGCAACCAGGAAGUUGGAGAGAGAUUGCCCGGGAACGUAAAGGACUUCUUGGGCCAGGGGAAGGAGGGAAUUCCCUCCUUCCCCGUUGUGAGUGCCAACGCGUAUCUUGGUGCGAGAGGGAUCAAGAGGGCGUUGGAUGAGGGGUGUGAUAUUGUUAUUUGUGGGAGGGUUGCUGAUGCGAGUCCCGUGAUUGGGGCGUCAUGGUAUUGGUAUCAGUGGGCAGAGGAUGACUGGGAUCGUUUGGCUGGCGCGUUGGUGGCAGGGCAUUUGAUCGAAUGCUCGAGCUAUAUCACGGGCGCGAACUUCGCGGGGUUUGAUGAGUAUGAUUAUGAGAACUUGAUGGUGGAUUUGCCGUUCGGGAUCGCGGAGAUUGAGAGGGAUGGGAGUGCGAUCGUGACGAAGCAUCCUGGGACGAAAGGGGUGGUGAAUGUUGAUGUGGUGAAGUGCCAGUUUCUAUACGAGUUGCAGGGGAGGAUUUAUCUGAAUAGUGAUGUUACGGCGGACUGUAAGGACGUUGUGAUUGAGGAGGUUGGGAAGGAUCGGGUAAGGUGUAGUGGGAUUAAGGGUGCGCCGCCACCGCCGACGACGAAGUUGGCGAUCUUUUAUAAGGGUGGGUAUGAGCAGCAGAUUUUGAUGAACGCGACUGGGUAUGCGACCAAGGAGAAGUAUAGGCUGGUUGAGGCGAAUCUGCGGAAUCAGUUGAAGAGGAACGGGUUGCUGGAUAAGUUUCAGCUGCUUGACUUCCAGGUGCUGGGUGUGCCGGAGGCAAAUCCGAGCAGUCAGCAUGCCAGUACCACGUACUUGAGGCUGUUCACGCAGGCGGACACACAGGAGGCGUGCUAUGGACUGCUGAAGUCGUUCUCGCAGAUUGGGAUGCAGCAUUUCUCCGGGUUUCAUUUGAGCCUGGAUACGCGGACGGCGAUUCCGAGACCGUAUCUAGCGUUCUACCCGGGUCUGAUCCCGCAGGAACAGCUGGAAGAGAAGGCAGGGAUCUUUACUGAGGGCGGCAAGCCGUUGAUGUUUGACGCGGGACAUCCGUCGACUUUUCAGAAGGUGGAGCCGAGGGAGUCGUACGAGACUGCCCAGCCACAGGAUCUGGCAUCUUUCGGCCCAACGAAGAAGGCAAGGCUUGGUGAUGUCGUCCUCGCCAGGUCAGGUGACAAGGGUGCCAACAUCAAUUGUGGGCUCUUUGUGCGCAAGGCGGAGCACUAUCCGUGGCUGCAGAACUUCCUGACAGUGCAGCGGCUGAAAGACCUGAUGGGCGAGGAUUGGCGCGCGGAAUACUUCGUUGAGAGGAUGGAGUUCCAGAAGCUGCAUGCGGUCCACUUUGUGAUUUAUGGGCCAUUGGGCAGGGGAGUGAGCAGCUGUCGAUUGCUGGAUGCUCUUGGUAAAGGGUUCGCGGACUACAUCAGAGACAAGGUCGUUGAGAUUCCGGAAAGUUUUCUGGCGGACAUGCCUGGCAUCAAGGAGGAGAGGCUGGCGAGGUUGUGA